AGUUUCCGCCCCUGACAGUCCCCCGGUAUUCUUAGCGUGAACUGAUAUGUUUGUAGAAAAGCUCACUACCGCUGGGUGUCAGAAACCAAGGCUAACAUGGCUGCUGGAACACGUAUCUGCUACAGUUUGAGAAAUGCCAGAACAUUCUUCGCUCGGUGCCACAACAGAAGCGACCAGCGGCUGUUUUCCAGCGCUACGCACCAGGAGAAUGAGCUUGAACUCCGAGAUACCUCAGUGACUGCUGCAAACUUCCAGACCAGACCCAGAUUGGAGAGAUUAACAGAUGAGAAGGUCCUACCGUUUUCAGCUUUCUUGACUGACAGCUUUGGCCGCAGACAUAACUACCUACGCAUCUCUCUGACUGAGAAAUGCAACCUCCGCUGUCAGUAUUGCAUGCCAGAGGAGGGAGUGAAGCUCACGCCGCGGGGCCAGCUGCUCUCCACCUCAGAGGUGCUAACCCUCGCUCAGCUCUUUGUCCGAGAGGGAGUGGAUAAAAUCCGACUCACUGGAGGGGAGCCUCUCAUCAGACCCGAUGUUCUGGAUAUCAUUACUGAACUGAAAAAGCUAGUGGGUCUGAAAACUGUUGCAGUUACAACCAACGGCAUUAACUUAUCCCGACUUUUGCCAAAGCUGAAAGAUGCUGGACUGGACCUGAUAAACAUCAGCCUCGACUCUUUGGUUCCAGCAAAAUUUGAGUUUGUAGUCAGGCGAAAAGGUUUUCAUAAAGUCAUGGAGAGCAUUGACAAAGCGGUUGAAUUAGGCUACAAUCCAGUCAAGAUCAACUGUGUGGUGAUGAGAGGCCUGAACGAGGAUGAGCUCUUAGAUUUUGUGCAACUCACAGAGAAGAAGCCUCUGGAGGUUCGCUUCAUUGAGUACAUGCCAUUCGAUGGAAACAAGUGGAACUUUAAGAAGAUGGUGAGUUACCAGGAGAUGCUGGACCAGAUCAGACAGCAGUGGCCCAAUCUGGAAAGGCUUCAGUCUGGACCUGCUGACACUGCCAAGACUUUUAAAGUUCCUGGUUUCAAAGGUCAGCUGGGCUUCAUUACUUCCAUGUCAGACAAUUUCUGUGGCUCCUGUAACCGUUUGCGCAUCACUGCAGAUGGAAACCUCAAGGUGUGUUUGUUCGGUAACUCUGAAGUUUCCCUCAGAGAUAUUCUCCGUUCUGGAGCGUCUGAUGAGGAGCUGCUGCGAAUUAUCGGAGCUGCUGUGGGCAGAAAGAAGAAGCAACAUGCAGGCAUGUUCACUAUCUCUCAGAUGAAGAACAGACCUAUGGUCCUCAUUGAUUUUUCUGAGAUGUUUCUCACAAGGCCAGAAAACCGACAAAGGGCUUCAUUCAUCUAUACUGAGCUAAAACUUGACCCGUUCUUUAGUCUGACUGCAUCUUCUGAUGAGUCUCGUAAAGAGUUUCUGUGCCUUCCUGGAUGCACUGCUUCAACACAGACAGCUUUUAGUUGCUGCUUUAAGACCUCAGUGAGUGGCGGUUCACUCAUUAAGACCCAUAUUAGCAAAGAGAAGUGCCACGAUGUGACGCCGCUUCACUCCUCAUACUAUGAUUACGAUCUCAUUUUCACCAGCUGUCACACUAAGAAACGCACAAAUGUGAGCUUCAUUAAUGAAGACCCCCUCAGGUACGCACAAUCCAGUGUUCCUAACAACCCAAGGAGUCAGUCCCUUUCUACUUUUUGCACACUGAACGUCAAAAUGAAUCAGAAAAAUCUAAGCGUCAGGUUGUUUCAUAGUCAAAGUUCUGGUGAAGACCACACGCAUAAGACCCCAUCAGCCUUAGACAGUCCCAGUAGUGCUAAACCCCAGCUGACGCACACAGACGCCCAGGGCCGAGCAACAAUGGUGGACGUUGGGGGGAAGCUUGCCACAUAUCGAACAGCCACAGCCGGUGCCACCGUCAUCCUGGGCGCCGUCGCUUUCCGCCUCCUCCGGGAUAAUCAGCUGGCCAAAGGUGAUGCUUUAACUGUGGCUCAGCUGGCUGGCAUCAUGGCAUCAAAACAGACCUCUACCCUCAUCCCUCUUUGCCACCCGCUCCCACUGGAUCACGCCUCCAUUUCAUUUCAGCUGGAUGAGCUGCACUGCUCUGUUAUUAUCACUGCAACCUGUCACACCACGGGCAGGACGGGGGUGGAGAUGGAGGCGCUGACGGCUGCCUCUGUGGCAGCGCUUACGGUUUACGAUAUGUGUAAGGCUGUGAGCCACGACAUUGUCAUCAUGGAUGUGAAACUGCUCAGCAAGACGGGUGGGAAGAGAGACUUUCACCGUCGAUGAACACAGGAAAACUGAACUGCAAGAUGAAGAAAGUCCUUCUCUGCAAACCCAAAUGUGUACCAAUAACUCAG